GACUUCUCAUCUCCAUACAGUCAGAGUGAACUGCGGGGGCACACACAGUGGAUUGCAGCAGUCCUCGACAGCGGAAAGAGCUUCAAAUAAGGGUUUUUAAUCAAGCUGUAUCUACCCGCAAGUCCUGCUUUCAUUUUAUUUUCGUGUACUUCUCUCAGGAAUUUGACGAGUGGAACUUUUCGUGUCUUUGGAGUUUCGACAGCCGGUUUUUCCGAAUAUGGACAGUCGGCGACCCGCUGCAGGGAGCGACUGGCCGGUGUUUACUCUGUAGUCACGGGGAUAAAACUGUGAAGUCGCCGUCUAGGACUUUUAACUGGAUGUUUGAUGAAGCGCUUCGCAUUUUUAGUCAGUUCUGGGACACCGUGGAUUUACCAGGUUCAGGAACGGAUAGACACUCCUGAUUACCGGUCGACGACUAGAGGGAUUUUCGCUUCUAAAGUUGCAGGAAAAACAUGGAGACUGUAAGUCGGCAGAGCUUCCAGCCUCAUCCGGGACUGCAACAAACUCUUAAGCAGUUUCACCUCAGCUCUAUGAGCUCUCUGGGCGGACCGGCAGCUUUCUCUGCCCGGUGGCAACAUGAGCUCCUCUUCAAGAAGGACGGAAAAGAGCCCGAGCCGGUUCUCCAGCAUCUGCCGCCGCCGGUGAUGCCGGGCCCGCUGUUCAUCCCUUCGGACCGCUCUACCGAGAGGUGCGAGACGGUGCUGGAAGGCGAGACCAUCUCGUGCUUUGUGGUCGGCGGAGAGAAGCGGCUGUGCCUGCCGCAGAUCCUCAACACGGUGCUGCGGGACUUCAGCCUCCAGCAGAUCAACUCUGUGUGCGAUGAGCUCCACAUCUAUUGCUCCCGGUGCACGGCGGACCAGUUAGAGAUUCUCAAAGUCAUGGGGAUCCUGCCCUUCUCGGCUCCGUCCUGCGGCCUCAUCACCAAGACGGACGCGGAGCGGCUGUGCAACGCCCUCAUCUACGGAGGCGCCUACCCGCCGCGCUGCAAGAAGGAGCUGAACGGAGGCUCUCUGGAGCUGGAGCUUACCGAGAGGAGCUUCAAAGUCUAUCACGAGUGUUUCGGCAAGUGCAAGGGCUUGUUUGUGCCAGAACUGUACACCAGCCCCAACGCAGCGUGCAUCCAGUGCAUGGACUGCAGACUCAUGUACCCCACUCACAAGUUCGUAGUGCACAGUCACAAGGCGCAGGAGAACAGGACUUGCCACUGGGGCUUCGACUCAGCAAACUGGAGGGCGUACAUCCUCCUGGGCCAGGAUUACACGGGCAAAGAGGAGAAGGCCCGUCUGGAGCAGCUCCUAGACGAGAUCAAGGAGAAAUUUGACUUCGCCAACAAGUACAAGAGGAAACUAUCAUCCAGGGUGUCUGAUCCCCUUCCAAUCAAAAAGUCCAAACAUGAAGAUUUCUCAAUACAGUCCUCGCUGGCUGACAAAGACAAGCAGCAUGACUGGCUACAGUCCCUGUCCACCCCCAAUAAGGGACUUAAUUGCAUCCAGCCCCGGCAGAGGCCCUCUGCUUUCAGACCGUGGUCCCCACACCUCUCUGCUGGUGACAAAGAGCCCUCCAGUCACCCCCUGGCCCUGCUGAGAGACAGCUUCUACAACUACAAAAGCCUGGAGAAUGCUGUGGCCCCGAAUGUGGCCCUUACACCACUCCAUUUGGGGAAGGUGGGUCCCAUGUCUCCGUCAGUGCCCAGUACUUCCCACCCAAGCGGAGGUGAACCCCCAGGUGAAAGCGCCAAUGGCAGCACCAGGCCACAAAAGAGGAGAUCCACAGGAGAGGUCCUGCCAUCUGCCACUGAGGGCCCCUGUCCUUCAUCGUCUGCAUCCAGCAAACCAGUACCACCUCCACCAGAGGAUAAAGACUCUGAGGUGGAAAUCGAAGUGGAGAGUCGUGAUGAAUUCACUUCGUCCCUGUCCUCCUUAUCUUCACCAUCUUUCACCUCGUCCAGCAGCUCAGCCAAAGAUCUGAGCUCACCAGGUGCUCAUGGACCCGUCUGCACUGUCACAACGGCCGAGGUCCCCACUUAUCCCUCCACUCUGACCACAGCCCCUGUGACCCCCCCAGAGUUGGGACUGGAGUCAGAACUAGAGAGCCUGAGGCAAGCGCUGGAUAGUGGACUGGACUCCAAAGAGUCAAAGGAGAAAUUUCUGCAUGAGAUUGUCAAGAUGAGGGUGAAACAAGAAGAGAAGCUCGGAUCAGCCCUGCAAGCCAAACGCAGCCUCCAGCAGGAGCUGGAGUUUUUACGGGUGGCCAAGAAGGAGAAGCUGCGAGAGGCAACUGAGGCCAAGCGCAACCUGCGCAAAGAGAUUGAGCGUCUGCGGGCUGAGAGUGAGAAAAAGAUGAAGGAAGCCAAUGAGUCACGGAUCCGUCUGAAGAGAGAACUAGAGCAAGCUCGGCAGUUGAGGGUCUGCGAUAAAGGCUGUGAGGCCGGACGUCUGCGUGCAAAAUACUCAGCACAGAUUGAAGACCUCCAGAUGAAGCUACAACAUGCUGAGGCUGACCGCGAGCAGCUCCGAGCUGACCUGCUGCAGGAACGGGAGGCCAGGGAACACCUGGAGAGAGUGGUAAAAGAGCUGCAGCAGCAACUUUGGCCCAAAUCAAAUGGCAACGAGUCUGCGCCUAAAGAUAUGCUGGCUGACAACUAAAAUCCAGCAGCCAACCUCACUGUCUGACCAACCAUUCCCCCCCUUAAAUCACUCUUAAACAUUUCCCUCCCAUACUCACCACCCCACAUUGUGGGCCACAUUGCGCCACUGCCCAUCACACAUCACCCUCUCAAAUAAAAAUAAAGACUCCCAUCCUCAGGCCAGAGACAGCGAGUCCUCGUCCACACCUCUGAAAUGUCAUCUGAGUGGUUUACCAUGAGAACAAGUGUGACGCUAUAAUGACUGUCACUAAACUGAGCACUGAGAUGAGAAAUCAUGGAACUGAAAACCGAACAGAAGAAUGGAAGACAAAGCGAUCGAUGUAUAGCACAAAAUGUGGUUGUGUCUGUAUUCUAGACUUUGGCAGACAUCUGUGAUGGUAAAGGCUAUUCAGAGGUGUUAGUGGUGUGGGCAAAGAGGGCCAGGCUCACAGAUUACCCAUAGUUCCCUAAAAAGUCUCCACUGCCAUCCCUCAACAUGACGAAGAUGGAGAAUAUGAAGACAUUAUAAGCUAUUUAAGAGAUACUUAGCGAUAUGUAAAGCAAAAAAAAAGACUCUUUCUUUGUUUCUUUGUAAUGUUGGAGUGAAAAACAUAAAAGAUUAUUUGGAGGAUGAACAAAACAGUAAAUGAACUGACCACAGUGCCACCGUGGUUUUGUUGGUUUUUCAGGAAGCCAUCGCAGUCCACUGAGAGGAGGGGGGGCAUCACAUCGGAGGUUCAGGAGACCUGCUCUUUUCUCCUAGUGUUUUGUAAAACGGUCUUUUAUCUACAGGCAGGUUUGCAGUUGGGAUGGAUAUUUUUCCCUCUCUUCAGAUCAAACCCUGGAUUGGGAAUUGGAAAUCAUGCUUCGUUCGUUCAAGGCACCUUUUUUGUACUUGCAUUUUUUUUCUGAAAGUGAGCACUUGUUUUGGAUGAUCAUCAACAGUAUCCAGCAGGACCCUGUCUCACACAGACACACACUGGUUGCCAUAUGUGUUUCUAAGCAUUUGGGUUAAAACCCUUAUCUUCUAAAGAACUCCAGAUGUGAGUGUGGCCUUGUUUUCUCGUCUUAGUAACAUUUGAUCGAUGAAAGGCGACAUGUUUAAUUCCAAUCCACGAGUUUGUCAUUUUCCAGCUGGACGGGUCAUCAGUGACUAGAACCACAAAAUGUUCAUUUGAAUUAAAUUAAAGCAUGUAAAUAUAAAUAUAUGUUGUUUUUUUUGUUUGUUUUUUGUUUUUUACUUUACUUUACAAUAAUAAAUCGCACUUUGUCAUAACAAAAUACUGUUAUAAUGCAAUUGUACUCCCACUAUUGUCUCAAUUUUACUUUGAAAAUAUCUUAUUCACGACUGCUAUCAUAUAAAUCCUGUAAGCAUUUUGUUGAUUAUCUCGAAUAAAUACUGUUCAGUUUUUUUUUUCCUUUCCUCAAAGCAAAGUGUUGUAAAUAAAUGGAAAGAAAAAAGGCUCUUCCUGUUGCUUGCUGAUACAGUGUGGGAUCCCCCCCAAAAGUAAUGGGCAACUUAUUCUCCCUCCUUUUAUUGUAAUUUAACUGACAUAAAUAUGAGCACCCAGUUAAAUUUGACUAAAUACUCGGAGCAAACAUUCAAAGGCAGGAACUUCAGAGGGCAGGCGAGUCAAUCUGUCAUCACAAAGUGGGUACAAUGCAAUCAGAAUGUACAUUGUGUUAUGCUAUUUUUUCCUUUGGUUGUUGAUGUUGUUUAAAAAUGUGGAGAUAUUUUAUUGCUUGUCUGUUAUGUUCACUUUUUUCAGUAGAACAAGUCAUAUUUUCUUUAUGCAUGAACAUUUAAAAAAAAAAAAGGUUUGCCAUACAUAUAGUCAGUUAUUGGGCAUUGAUACUGUACAUGUAAGGGUUUUAUUGUGUUAUGCAAUAUAAGGUAAUUGUCUUAUCUAGAAGAGGAAAAGGUAAUUAAAAAAGCAACAAACUGUAUCUUAAGAAACACUUCACACCUGCAAAAAUAAGGAAAGAUGAGGAAAAAACAUUGAAAUGCUGGAAAACCUCAAGUGCCUGAAAGUGGGCGAAAGGUUUCCAGAAAAGGAAGAACUGAUGAUGAAGCUGUCGGGGGCGGGGCCUCCCAUCCACUUCACUUCUUGUUUGCAGCCCCUCCCUCCCUCAGUUACUAUCAGUAUUCCUAAAACCAACUAGUUUACAAACAAUUUUUUCUUGUUUUUUUUUUUGUUUUUUUUUUUCAAAACAGAACAAUUGUUGCUUAAGGCUCUAUUUUUUGUUUGUUCUGAAUGAGUGCUUUUUUCCUCCUCCAUUUGAUCUAAGAUAUGCAUGUUCAAACAGUUUUUUAUACAAAAUCUUUAAAAGCCACUUGCUUCAGUGAAUUGUUAUAAUGACUUAACUGUUUUAAUCCCAGUUCUGGUCCCGAGAUGGACUUUAUUCAGGAGAAUAAAGAGGGCAUUGUGUUAAUAAUAAAAAGCCCUAUGAAUUUCUUAUGUGACUUUCCUGAUGUUGAUCAGAGAACGACUCUGCGUCUGUGACUUUGGCAGACCUAAAAAAUUGGUACAUUUUGUAGUUGUUUUUACACUCAAAAGAGUAUAUGUAGUUUACUUUAUCCAUGGUUUUUUACAAGAAAAAAAGAAGGGAGACAAUAUGGUCAUUGGCUCUUCUCUCUUCCAUGCACAACAAAAAAAGAACUGGUCUUGUUUUCUAAAGGAGAAUCAUUUUGCUAAAGAAUGGACAGUAAAGCAGCAAUAACAGUCCAUAUAAUAGACAAAUACUAGCCAGUGUGAAGAUAAGAAUUUACACAUGUAAAUAUUUUUUUUUUCAGUUAUGAUAUUGUAUAAUAUAUGUACAUGGUGUUCCUUUUUCAAAAAGAAAUCUUUUCUUACUAUAUAGCUGUCUUUCUUCUUUUUUGAAUUUGUGUUUUAACUGAGAAGUUUCAAAAACAGUUAAUGCAGUGCGUAAGAGAAUAUUCCCUACAUAAACAUGUUAAUCCAUUUCUGUUCAUUUGUUUUAUUUUGGGUUUUUUAGAGUCUUUAUAUUGAAUUACUUUUUUCACCAGUUCAUAUAUAUUUUUAACAGUAGCUUCUUCAGUAUCCAAUAGCGGAGCUGCAGUACAGGUUGUGCUUGACGCCACCUUGCAGAUUGUUUUCCCAUCAUCCUCAUUUAUCCUAGCCCUAUGCUGCUGCUAAUACUAUAUAAACCUUACAAUUCUAGAAAUAUUUUUAUGUAAGAGGUAAAUGUAAGCUUUCCCAUUUAUUAAUGCCACAUAUACAGUAUGAAAAAGAGGCUUGGCUUAUUCAUCUAUGUCCCUUGUCCCCCCCUCAUGUUUUCACGCCUUGUUCCACACUCCCUCCUCUGAAUGGCACCCCCUCCUUCCCCUUCUCUCACGACACGGACUACAUUGUAAAGUAAAGGACUUUAUGAGAUUAUGUUUGAAAAUAGCUCUGCUUAUAUACUACAGUGACUGAAUGUACAGUGUAUAGAUGCAUUACCAGAAAUAAAGUUGUUUGUCCAGAU